UAAAUAUUUUCCCUCUUGCAUAACGGCUAAAUUUACGAAAAGCCUUGAAUGCUUCAUGUGACAGACACGCGACCGUUUUUUAGACUUUACUUUUAAAUCGACGAUCACGUCUUGUGUACAUACUAGCAAUGAAUUAACGAACCGUUGACGGUUUUGUCUACUAACCAAUGAUAAAUUUAACUCUCCGACACGGACCCUGCAUGUCUUUAACAUUACUUCACAAUGAAGGAAGCAACACCAGUGGCAGGAAAAGUGAUUCCACCGGCAUUAAACAAGAGGGCAGUGAGCAACAACAAAGGCCCUGUACAGACAACAUCCCUUGGGAUGGACUGUACACCUGCAUAUCAAGACAAAUCUCCACCAAACAAGAAAAAACCUCCCUCUGCACCAUGCACUUCAGACUUAGCAGACGUAUUUGAGGCUACAACUGCAGGUGCACGUAAAGACGUCAACAUGCUGCUUUCAAAAUUUGCCAAAGUGUUAAAUGAGAGAGCUGCAGCAGAUACUGCACAGAUGAAAGAGCUGGAGGGCAUUUUGACAGAAGCUCAAAACCUUGAGUCAUACCUAAAGGAGAAGAAAAACCAUCUGAGACAAACAUUAGCUCUAAUUUCUGAUAAACUAAAGGGUUGAACAUGGACUGUUAACCACAUAGUGAUGCAUGUAAAAAACAGCCCUUUUUGUUGUAGAAUAGUUUUCUUAUGUGAAUAGCUUUGUGUACUGUGCAUGUGUCCUCUGCAGUUGAUAUUUUGUCCUGUUAACUAAUUUAAGUGUUAUUACUCCUUCAUAAAAUGCCAUGCUUCAUACAGUGUGGAAUUACUUUGACUAUAAAAUAAAUGUAUUUGAGUUUAUUGAGUUGAGUUUGAUAGGAUU